AUGGAAUACCAAAUAUUCCUUUUGAUUUUGCUUGUUGCUUUCAUUCCAAGAACCAUUCUUGGUCAAAAUGUUACAAUGGGUAAAAUUGUGGUUGAGGGAAUCACAAAAAUAGCAGAAACUGAUGAGAAUUUCAUUUGCUUCACUUUGGACAUUUGGCCUCAUGAUGAGUGCAGUCAACCCAACCUUUGUGUUUGGGAUAGUCAUGCAUCAGUCCUCAAUGUGGAUUUGUCUCUUCCUAUCAUCAAUAAAGCCGUUCAAGCUUUCAAGACAUUACGAAUUAGAGUUGGAGGUACCUUGCAAGAUAGGUUGAUUUAUAAUAUUGGAGAAGGCUUCAAGGGCAAUUGUCAUCCAUUUGAAGCUGAUGAUAGUUUACUAUUUGACUUUACCGAAGGAUGCAAUGAAUUGGCUGGACGAAACAGUAUUGGUGCAAGCAUUAGUGCUUCACAAUAUGCAAAAGACCUACUAAAGCUUCGAGAAAUCGUAGAUCGUUUAUACAAAAAUUCCCAACAAAAACCUUUGAUUGUGGCACCUGGUGCAUUCUUUGAUGACAAAUGGUACCAUGAACUUGUUACAAAAACUGGACCAAAGGUUGUUAGUGUUCUCACUCACCAUAUCUAUAACAUGGGUGCAGGUGAUGAUCCCAAAUUGAUUUAUAGGUUUGUUAAUCCAACAUACCUAAGUCAAGUAUCAAACACAUUUAAACAACUUAAGAACAUAGUUCAAAAGCAUGCCCCUUGGUCUUCUGCUUGGGUUGGUGAAGCUGGUGGAGCCUAUCAAGGUGGAGCCUAUCGUAUUUCUGAUUCAUUUAUCAAUAGUUUUUGGUACUUAGAUCAACUUGGGAUGGCCGCUUUCUACAAUACCAAAGUAUAUUGUAGACAAACUUUGAUCGGUGGAUUUUACAGUGUCCUCAAAGCUAAAACUUUAGUCCCUACACCGGAUUAUUAUGGUGCACUUCUCUUCCACCGACUUAUGGGUCCAGGUGUUCUCAAAGUUCAUAACAAAGUCUCUACUUAUCUCCGCACCUAUGCUCAUUGCUCAAGAGAAAGGUCUGGCAUAUCCAUGCUUUUCAUCAAUUUGAGCAAUACAACCGAAUUUGCAAUAAACGUCAAAGACCACAUGACCCUAAGUUUGCACAAAAGAAGGAAGCCCAAGCAUGGUUCAUCUUCAAUUAAUAAUUUGGGAACACCAAGGGAGGAAUAUCAUUUGACACCACAAAAUGGUCUUCUUAGAAGCUCUAAUGUGCUUUUAAAUGGAAAGGCAUUGCAACUUACAAGCGAAGGAGAAUUGCCAAAUCUUACACCAAUUUAUAAAGACAGCAACUCUUCUAUAAAUAUUGCUACCUGGUCGAUUGCCUUCGUUGUCAUCCCUGACUUUGUAGCUAUUGGGUGCAACUAA